AUGCCUCAAACGGCGUCUGCAACACUCGACUCGCAAGCGGCCAUCAACCAACUCGCCGCCCAGGCCAGAAUAUCGCAGCUUGCCGCCCAACUACGUUUGCGUCUGAGUUACGCCGGCUACAAGGCCCAGAACAAACUCUCCUCUCUCCCGUUUUCAACGCUCGAAAAACGGCUCGAAGAUGAUUCCGCGACGCCCAAGCAGACGCUCCCCGUCUUGCUGCUCGACCCACUCUCCCUGGACAAGUCGCUCUCGGAUACGCAAUUGAUGCCACCACCGCCUGCGCCCGCUACCUCGUUAUUCACCACGCUUCUCGAUGUCGACAUCGACACGCGGCCCACCAAGCGACAGAAGACGGACGCCGUCGGUUCAGCACGGGCAAUUGGCCCCUCUCCCGCCGGCUUCACCCAGAGUGCAAAUCCGGAUAUCAAGGUCAAUGGUCACCGUCAUCCUUCGACCAGCGGGAAACCCCGCUCCAAGGGAUCCAAUUCUAGUCCGAAGAAGCGCCAAAAGAAAGAUUCAAUGUCCGACCGGGAGCAGCUGGCAGCCAAGACGUUGGCCUCGCUCUUGGUUGCAAAAAGCCCUCGAAGUUCGACCAAAGCUCCUUCAGAACUGUCCUUUACGACAGAGGGAGGCAACGAGCACAAGGGGAAAACGAUCCGCCGAGCACCCAGCUCUGUCUCCUCCAUUGAUGCGGCAAUGGCGGACACAACGUUGAGUACAGGUGGGGAUACAGUCCCCGAGGGCAGUACGAGUGGCGUCGACACUGUUCCUGGAUCCCCAGUGGCCUCGACCGCACAGAGAGAACGUGAUUCUGCAGAGCUGCUAUUGCUCUUGGCCACGUCUCCGUCCCCUGCCAGAAGUAAUCGACGUGGACCCCCUGCGGUGAACCGCACGCUCGCCGGGAGCGGAACCAUCGAACCGCGAGCACUCUUUGCAGAGGGCUCCUCCAAUUCUGAUUCUGUCAAGCAAGAGGGAAUGUCGGAAUCCAUCAAAGACUCGAGUGAUGCCGGCGGCUCGGGUUCCAAGCUCACACCUUCAUUACUCCUUCCCGCACCUCCGUCGCCGACUAAGAAACCUUCGACCAACAAGACACCUGAAGACAAGAUGAGUUUUCAGCCACCACCACAUGCGAUGCCUUUUCUUCCUCCGUCCUCGAAUAUUACCAAGUCGUCCACACUGCAAGCGCCAUUCACACCUGGUGGGACGCUUGCCCUACAUACUGCAUCGAACACGACAAACUUUGGCUCCGCUACCGGCGGCUUUGGCUCUGGGUUUGCUAUGGCAAUGAGUAGUCUAGCACCCUCCACUCCGGGGCCCAGUGGCUUCAAUAUGGCAGACUACAUCAAUUUCACACCCACUCCUGGCGCAUCAUACUCUCCGGCUCCAAAAGCCAAAUCGAAAGGAGCCAGCGAGGGCAUUGGUUCUGAGAAGGGAGCGGCGGCGUCCUCUACUGCAGUAAGCUCUCCCAUGAAGAAGACGGAAAGCAAGACAAAGGGGAGUACCCCCGAGAGCGACGCUGGCUCAGGUCCAAGUGGAGAGAAGAUGUCUGACAAUGAGUGA